AUGGCUGUCGUACCGCCCGAGCAUCUUCACAUUCCAGCUAUCAAGCCCUAUGCAGGGACUACCGACUCAAUGGAUCACCUAGAUCUUCUUACCUCUCAUAUGAUGGUGCAAGAUGCCUCUGACGCAAUCUGGUGUAGAGUCUUCCUGGCAACACUAGAAGGGCACACUUGCGCCUGGUAUUCAAACCUGGCCCAUCACUCAAUAGCUAAUUUUGCGCAGCUUCGGGGCAAUUUCCUGGCUCACUUCGCUCCUCUUCUAAGGCAUCGAAGGUCCACUAUGGCCCUCGUUAGCUUGAAGCAGAACCAAGGUGAUUCUUUGAAGGAUUUUGUCUCGCAUUUCAAUAUGGAAGCUCUGAGCAUUGAGAACUUCGACCAUAGUGUCGCCAUGGUGGCAUUCCAGAAUGCCCUGAGGCCUGGUCCCUUCGCUCAAUCGUUGGACAAAACUCCCCCACUUGCAUUUACGGAUGUUUUAGGUCAGGCAACGAAGUACAUCAAUGCUGAGGAAGUUAUGCAGGCGAAUAGAGCAGAGCAUACCGAGAAGAAGGAAAAGAAAAAACAUCCUGAAGAACAUAAGGGUGAGGGCUGA